AUGAUGUGCAGCAUGGAAGAUAAAAGCUUUAUCAACGAAAGGCACACAAAAGUCAUCCAAGGCUUACUGAAUGAAAUUGACGUACGUAGAGGGGAAGACUCAAGCUCAGCUGAGGUGACGAAAAAACUUCAAUUCCUGAGCAGAACUUAUGAAGCUCUACUUAGAAUGGAUGAGCGCGAAAAAAGAAAAUCAAAGCCAUUAGCUUCAAAAACUAAAGAAAUCCUCAACCCAAUUGCCAAAUUAGAGCUAUUUUUUGGCCUGCCUUCAUUGCUUGGGAUAAUUAAGGUUUUAGGCUCUGAUAAACCUGGACUUUAUAAGACUGUUAUAGAAGCUGCUUCAGGUAUAGUUCUUGGUUUAAGCCCAAUGGCACUAUAUGAUAAAGACCCUUCUAUCUCUCAAGCAGUUUUAUCAGUUCUUACAUUUGUCAACUCAAUGAUAAGAAGAGAGCUCCCAAAUAUCCAAGAGGAAGACAUAAAUGCCUGCUAUUCAAUUCUUUUUGGGCUUUAUAUAGCUACAGGGAAUGUGUGUACCGCUUUAGCAUUAGCUUUAGCAUUUGCCAAUUUGGACCCAAGUCAAGACUAUUCUCCAAUUUAUAAACAAAUUUUCCCUAUGCUAACAAACUUUAAGUUCUUAAAAAUAAGUGAUUCUUUUGCUUGGGAUACUCAAAAGAAAGCGAAAGAAUUACUCCCUAUUGGUUAGCAAAAAAGGAUUCUAAAAAAUUCAUAAUUUUAAAGAAAUAAUUCAUUUAUUUAACUCCCCCACUUUGUGAACGAACAAAACCAUUAGAAAAAUCCAAAACUCCACUUUUCAUGAGUGAAUAAAAUUGUUUUAAUAGAAAAUUUUUUUUUAUGGCAAAAAUUUAAUAUGCAAGUGAUAAUUAUUAUAAUGAAAUAUCUAGGCAAUUCUGUCUAAUUUAAACAAAUUAUGUUUUAAAACAUAAAUUUUACAAUUUAAUUUAAAUAUUUGCUUUCCAAUUUUUGCGAAUUGGUAAUUUUUUAAAAAAAAAUUACUAUAAAUUUAUGUAUGGAUUUUUAAAAGAAAAUUAACCCUCCAUGAGCGAACAAAAAACUUUUUGUACUCUCACUAAGAGGGAGUAAGAAUAAAAAUGUUUAUUAUAUCUUUUUGUCCAAACUAUAUCUUGAUAUAUAAAAAGGGAUUAAAAUAAUAAAAUCUCAAGCAAGUUAUAUAAAUAGCUAAAACAUAAAUCUAAUUAAAUUAGAUAUUUACUUCAAAUAAUUAUCAGAAUUAUCAAGCAAAGAAUUUUUGCUCAUUAGCCAAGUAGAGAAGUUAGAAAUCAAAAGCGAUGAGCCAGAUUUUUUAAUCAGUACAACUUUAGGUCAAUGGGCAACUGUUCUUUCAGCAGAAGCUUGGACAAAAGGGGCUCACUAUUUUGAGAUGAUUUGGAUUGAAGGUGAAGAUGACAGAGUUUACUAUGGAGUUUGUAAUAGAUAUUAUUCUGACCUCAACAGACCACCUAUAAAAAAAAAAUCGUGUGCUCUCUAUUAUCAGCCUAACGGAAGUAUAGGCAAAGUUAGAAUGGAAUUGUACACCUUCGAAAGAUAUGUAGUCGGGGACAAGAUUGGACUUUUGCUGGAUAUGGAAGAGCGCACUGUUCUUUUCUUCCAUAAUGGAAAAGAAGACCCCAAUGGACCUAUUAAAGAUCUCCCUGAAAUUAUGAAACUUUUUAUGAGCGUUAGUGAAAACGGCAAAUACAAAAUCAUCUAUAAUCCCCUAGAUAUGCCAAAAAUUGCUCGCAUAAAAGUUGAAAACUAUAGAAAAAGGUCUAAUGUAGAAGUGAAGCUUGAAGAUUUAAGCAUCAUUGACAGAGCUAUCACAACUGGAGAAAUGGCUGAUGAGUAUCUCGAAAUGAAGCCUAUUGAGCUCACGCACUAUAUUCUUAAAUCGCUUGACGUCUCAAAUUCCGAUAUCAUAGAAAAAUUAGAAAAUAUAGAGAAAAAGGCGAAUGUUGAAAAAAUUUGGCUUUUCCUUGACAUCAAGAAUGAAACUGUCGAAAUUUUAGAAAAAUUGGCUUUGAUUUGUAUUGAAAAAAUUCACUCAGAAAAUGUCGAAAGAGAAUCGAAAGAAAUUUAUUUAGAAAUGCUCGUUUAUGUCCUAAAACUCACCAGAUCGCACUUAAUUGGGUCGAGCAUGAUCCCAAAUGUAACUUUAGAAAGACAGCUAAGAACAAGAAUUAUGAAAAUCGCUAUUGAUCUAAUAACUAGCAUGCCAGGGUCCAAGGCUUGUGAAGAAGCCACAAAAAUUGUGACAUCGUGCUUUUCUGUCUUUUAUAAGGACCCAAAGGAGAAAUUGUCUUACUUACUAGAUAGACUUAAAGAUCAAAUGGACGGAGUUGAGAUAUCAGGUAUCCUUAAAGAGCUUGAAGAUAGAAUUUUCCUUGAAAUGGCUCAACCAGAAAAACUUUUCCCAGCCUUAGAGCUUAUUAAUGACGAGUCUCAGCAUUUAGUGGAAACUUAUUUCAAGUACUUGAUUGAGCUUUCUUCAGAAAUUUCCAAGAAACUUGUAAGAGGAGAAGAGACAUCUAUUGGAGUUUUGAAACUUCUUGAAACAAGUCAAAUUGUUUUGUUCGGUCAAGCUGCUAAGUCUAACUUCAAAGGAAAAUGGCAAGAAAUCUUAAUGAACUACUCAUUAAGUGUUUUCCAGAAGUGUGAAGAAGUUUUUCAUAUUGUAAAAGCAAAAGAAAAAGGGUCUACAUUGUCAGAUGAACUCACAAACACUUUAAGAAAAACUAUACUUGCAGAUUUAUUAGAAACUCUUCUUUACAUGUUGGUUUUAACCAGAAUGAGCCUUGAUUUCUUACUCCCCCUCCGUGAGCAAACAAAACCAUUAGAAAAAUCCAUAUUUUUUGACCAAAAACCCGCCCUCCAUGAUCGAACAAAAAUAUUUUAUGGGAAAAAAAUGAUAUAUAAGUGAUAAUUAGUAUUACGAAAUCUAUGGCUAAUUUUGUUUAAUUUUAAACAAAUUGCGUUUUAAAACAUAUUUUACAAAAUAAAUUAAUAUUUGCUUUCCAAUUAAGAUUUUUUAAAAUUUCAUAAAUUUAUAUAUAAAUUAUUUUAAAAAAGAAAUUAACCCCUCUCCAUGAGCGAACAAGAUUUUUUUGUUCGCUCAUGAGGGAAAGGAGGUAGCAAAAAUUUUGCUAGUUUUGCAGAGCAUCACAACAUCUCUACAACACUUUGACCCAAAGCCAAAAAUCCUAAAUAAAUGCUGAACUCUAGCUGUAGGAGAUGCUUUUGAAAGUAGUCACAAAUACCAAACAGAUUAUUUUAUUACCCACAAGGUAAAGAUCCCUGGAGCAAGAAAAUAUUAUUUGGUCUUUGAUCCUAAAUGCAAAACCGAAAGAUAUCAAGAUUAUUUAGAGCUUUGGGAAGACGAUAAUAAAAAAGGAAACCUCUUUAGAUGGGAUUAGGAUUAGGAUUAGGAUUAUUAAAGUCAGGCAAUAGCCAUAUUCGCGGUACAGUCGCCAAAGAACUCCUGUACGGGAGGUUCUACCGCUUUUCGGCUCCAGCCAGAGGGUCUAUCCCUCUUGUGAGUGCCCUCAGCACCUUCUGUAUCUCCUUGCCUUGAGAAUUCAGUCUUGAGUGGGCGGCUUAUGGAUUUCUACGGCCCUGCUACAGGCGAUUGGAGUAGCUUGAUUCCAAGGAUCAUUGGAGUCUGUCGGGUGCCGAAUAACUUCCUUCAGCAGCUACAGGAAAAAGACUGUUCCCCUAUGGCCUGGGCCGAAACCCCAGCUUCUCGUUAGAGGAGUGCCAAUGAGUCUUUGGAUCCAAAGGGCAUUGCUGAGCGCCUCCAUUUCCAACCACAGUAAAGCAGCAAAAACCUACCCGGAUACACACCUCUUGAGCCUGCACUUAGUUCUCGGCUCGGAGUCCUUCCGAAUUCACAGUAGCCAUAAGGUCUGGACUGCUGCGCCAAGAGGGCAGGUUUACACGUGUCACCAUUUUAAUGUAUGUGCUCUUCAGCUGGGAAGGAGAAAAUUUCCCAAAGAAUGGAAAAAGAAUUGAAGUAAAUAUCCCUUAUUUGUUCUUCACAUUCUACUCAAGAUACUUUUCCACGUGGGGCUGGAAAAUUGAUAUUUUCGGUGAAGUGCAAGCUGAAUAUUAUACUAACUCCCCCUCCAUGUGCAAAAGAAACCAUUGGAAAAAUUAUUUUACCCAAAAAUCCAUCUUCCGUAAGCAAACAGAAAUAUUUUGCUAAACUUUUUUAUGAAAAAAAAACAUUUAUAAGUGAUAAUAAAUAUCAUCAAAUCUCUUGCUAAUAUUGUCUAUUUUAAACAUUUUGUUUUUACAAUUUUUACGAAUUGGUUUUUUAAAUUUGAAAAAAAAGAUUUACUAAAAUUUUUACAUAUAAAUUUUAAAACAAAAAAUUAACCAUAAGCGAGCAAAAUUUUUUGAUUGCUCAAAGAGAGGGGAAGUAAAGAAUGGCCAGAUACCAUAAAAGAUGCAGCAGGGUUUUUGGUUAGAUUUAUCUACGUAAAAUUGGUUUCUGGAGAAUUUGAGGCAACACCAGAAGAUGAAGAAGCGAGAGAUUUACUUCAAAACCCAUUGCUUAAAUACGGAAUUUCUGAUAAGACUUUAUCACUUUUUAAGUCUCAAAAUCCUAUCCCAGAUAGUCUUAUCACCCUUGCCCAAGUGCCUGGAAUUGGAGAAAAAAUUAAGCCUAAGAUGCUAAAUCAGUUUAUUAGAAGCGAUCCUACUAAAAAGCUGGUAUGCAAUAAUAAAUCAGAGCUGACGUUGCAAGAGUAUAUUGACUCUUUUGGAAAAUGGGGAGAUGCAAAGUAUUCUGACAAUCAGUUUAUCAAUGAUUUCAUUGAAGGGGAUAGCAAAAUUGGAAGAGAUUGGAAUGCCCUGAAAACUUUGAGCGGAAUUAGCGAAGAAGAUUCAGCACUUGGAGGAUCUGAAUUUGAUAAAGCAGAAAGAGCCAUUUUCGCUGUUUAUCUAGCUAUCUUCGAAUUCGCUGAGACUUUUAAAAACCUUCUUCAAGAUCCUAUAAGUGUUGGAUCUACAGUAAAAUACCUCGUAAAAGAUGCAGUCAAAUAUAGAAAGUGGGCUGAGAAAUACAUCCAAAAAUUGAAAGAAACUGUAUCUAUGACCUUUGAAGAAGUCUCUAAUUCUCCGUAUAGUUAGUAAAGCCAUCAGAAAAAACCUGAUUUUAGAAAAAUUAGAAUUCCUAAUUAUCAAGCAAAAUUUAUAUAAAAUUUAUAUAAAAAUUUUGAAUAGAUAUUUUGAUAUAUAAUUAAUUAUUAUUUUAAUAAUCAGAUAUGCUAAUUCUAUAAAUUUUUAAAAAAUUGCAUUAUAAAAUAUAAAAUUUUUUAAUUAAAUUAAUUUUUCAAACAAUCUUUCAAAUUAAUCUUAAAAGCAAAUUAAUGAGUAAAAAUUCUUGCAUGCAAAGCUGGAGGUAGAGUAAAGAUGUUGUAUUUAAAUGCGCUUUAUUAAUCAAUUCACAGCAUACUCAAGGCUUAAAUGAGCUUGGGAUUACUAAAACAAUGAAAUAUUUGGUAGUAAAUGUAGUCCAAGAAGCCAGUACUUCUAAAAUGAAAAGAAAUGAAAGCAAAUGGAAGGAAGUCAAAGAAGGAGUUGCAGUAGAUUCAAGCUUAGUUGUUAAGCUAGGAAGGAAUGAAAGCGAAGACGAAAGCCACUCAGAAGACGUUAAAGGAAUCAAAAAAAUAUCUGAGCUUAUUUUUUCGUUAUUCGAAACUCCUGUCUCAGCUGAAAAAAUUGUGGACACCAUUGAGAAAAGAAGAGUGAAAGCUAUUGCAAGAGCUCUUGGACUUUCCAGCUUAGGAAACUCAAUGAACUUAUCGUCUAGAAAAGAAACUUCACUAAUAAGAUCCUUUAUUGACUCUUUAAAACAAAACAAUAUAAAAUUCCAUUAUUGGGAAAAUGUGGAAGGAAUUGAUUUAAGCCUAUUAAAGUGUGUCCAAAAGUCAUUUUAUACCAUCUAUGGAUACUUGCAGAAAGAGCUACUCAAAUCAAAAACAGAAGUCAUAGAAAGACCUUUAUACUCCCAUUACUUGACUAUUUUAGAUGCGUUAUGCUUCCCAUUAAAAGAGUCUGAUAAUCUUAUGAUAGUCGAGCAACAGUUCCCACUUAUCAUUUCUCUUUUAUUGAAUUGGUCUAAAGGUUAUAUAGGAGAAGAAGUUGAUACCAAAUCAUUCCUUUUGGAUCAGUGCAUUACAGGAUUUAAAAUCUUGGUAGAAGCUGAUAUCUCUAAAGAUGUUGAUAAAAUUCUCUUAGAAGCCAGAGAAGGAGAAGGCCAGAAUCUCUAUUUAAUUAUUGAGCACAAUGGAGCAAUUCCUGUAGUCGAUUUCCAAAUCGCAUCUGAAGAAAUUGAAGGAUAUAACAAUUUAGGCCAGUUCACUCGGAAUGGAGAAUCCAAACAUAUUUUCAUCAAAAAGAGCGAACCAAGUGCAAAGAACCAAUUUCUUGUCAGUAUUCAGGAGAGCCUUGAAUGUGAAUACAAGCCUUAUUAUGAUUUAUUAGGUGAUGAAUCAGAAGAUGAAAAGAAAUUAAGAGAAACCCUUAAAGAUAGGUUAUGCAGAACAGUAUGGGCCGCUUAUAAGCUUUUAGUCUUUAGUGCAGCUGGAAAUGUAAGUCAAAUUAAUUCAGUUGUCAAACAGACUGUCCAAGAUCUGUUUUUAAAUUCGAUUUUUAAUGAAUUAAAGUGGGAUCAAUCGCUAUUGGAGCUGGGCUACUCAGGUCUAAAGCUCAGCGAAGUAGUUUCAGGGCAGUUGUGGGUAAAUAAAAUGAACACUGUCAAAGCUUUUAAAAAGAAUCCAAUGCAAGAAUGGGUGAGGCAGUUUAAUAAAGAGACUGAAAAACUAGGAGAAUCCUAG